CCACUGCAGUCGGUACCGUUACUUACUACAGCCCGUUGGUCCAGCAGACCACACGAUACCAGACUCCCCAGGAACCCUUGGAGCUGCAUUUUGCGGGGAAGGGGGUCAGCAGACAUGUCGGCACCGAAGCGUCAGGACACGCGGAAGUUCUUCGAGAACUUGUCCGGUGCCGGGAAGUCCAUCGCUGUGCUCACCAGCGGCGGAGAUGCCCAAGGGAUGAAUGCUGCUGUCCGAGCAGUGGUCCGCAUGGGGAUCUAUGUGGGAGCCAAAGUCUACUUCAUCCACGAGGGCUACCAGGGCAUGGUGGAUGGUGGGGACAACAUCAAGGAGGCCACGUGGGAAAGCGUCUCCAGCAUGUUGCAAGUGGGCGGCACGGUCAUCGGCAGCGCUCGCUGUAAAGCCUUUCGUACCCACGAUGGACGCCUGAAAGCCGCUCACAAUCUGGUGGAGAGAAACAUCACCAACCUGUGUGUGAUUGGAGGGGAUGGGAGUCUGACUGGAGCUAACCUCUUUCGGGAGGAAUGGAGCGGCCUGCUGGAUGAACUCCUGCAGCAAGGUCUCAUCAGUGAGGACGCCAUGCGUGCUAACUCUGUGCUGCACAUUGUGGGCAUGGUGGGAUCCAUCGACAACGACUUCUGCGGCACCGACAUGACCAUCGGUACCGACUCGGCGCUGCACCGCAUCAUCGAGGUGGUGGACGCCAUCAUGACCACUGCUCAAAGCCACCAGAGGACGUUCGUGCUCGAGGUGAUGGGACGCCACUGUGGCUACCUGGCUCUGGUCAGUGCUCUGGCAUGUGGGGCAGACUGGGUGUUCUUUCCAGAAAUGCCUCCUGAAGACGGCUGGGAGGAAAAUAUGUGUCAGAAACUGUCAGAGAACCGUGCUGACAAGAAAAGACUGAACAUCAUCAUCGUAGCUGAAGGCGCUAUUGACUGCCACAACAAGGCCAUCACGCCGGAUUACAUUAAAGACCUGGUGGUGCGCAACCUGGGCUUCGACACCAGGGUGACCAUCCUGGGCCACGUGCAGAGGGGUGGGACACCAUCAGCCUUCGACAGGAUCCUGGCCAGUCGUAUGGGCGUGGAGGCGGUGCUGGCCUUACUAGAGGCUUCUGCUGGCACUCCAGCCUGCGUGGUGUCUCUGGUUGGCAACCAGGCAGUCCGGCUGCCUCUCAUGGAGUGUGUGCAGAUGACGCAGGAAGUGCAGAAGGCCAUGGAUGAGAAGAAUUUUGAGGAGGCGGUGAGGCUGCGUGGCAGGAGCUUUGAGAACAACUUGAUCACCUACAGACUUCUCUCCAACCGUAAAGCUGACUCCGAGAUUCCAAAUAGUUCCUUCAACGUGGCCGUGUUGAAUGUCGGCGCGCCCGCCGCUGGCAUGAACGCCGCUGUGCGCUCGGCCGUCAGGGUGGGAAUAACUGAAGGACACAAAAUGUUUGCAGUGAGUGACGGCUUUGAAGGAUUCUACAAAGGGCAGAUCAAGGAGAUCAAGUGGGGGGACGUCGGAGGCUGGACAGGCCAAGGAGGCUCUCUUCUUGGGACAAAGAGGACUCUCCCUGGAAAACAUUUGGAGCAAAUCGCCGAGCAGAUGAGGAUCCACAACAUCAACGCGCUCCUCGUCAUCGGUGGCUUUGAAGCCUACGUGGGAUUACUGGAACUUUCUGCCGCGCGGGACAAAUUUGAUGAGUUCUGCGUGCCCAUGGUGAUGGUCCCCGCCACGGUGUCCAACAAUAUACCGGGCUCGGACCUCAGCAUCGGCUCGGACACGGCGCUCAAUGCCAUCACGGAUGCGUUGGAGUGCCUGCUGCAGCUGUAUGAGGCUCGGGCAGACUACGAGGAAUUUUGCAUCCCCAUGUGCAUGCUGCCCGCCACCAUUAGUAACAAUGUACCCGCCACCGACCUCAGCAUCGGUGCUGACACCUCCCUCAAUGCCAUCGUGGAGACGUGCGACCGUAUCAAGCAGUCGGCCAGCGGCACCAAGCGGCGGGUCUUCAUCAUUGAGACCAUGGGCGGCUACUGCGGGUACCUGGCCACCGUAGGGGGGCUGGCAGCGGGCGCCGACACCGUCUACAUCUAUGAGGAGCCCUUUGACAUACGUGACCUGCAGGCCAACGUGGAACAUCUGACACAGAAGAUGAAGACGACCAUCCAGAGAGGUUUGGUGCUCAGGAAUGAGAGCUGCAAUGAGAACUUCACCACUGACUUCAUCUACCAGCUGUACUCUGAAGAAGGACGAGGAAUUUUUGACUGCAGGAAGAACAUUCUAGGCCACAUGCAACAGGGCGGAGCUCCGUCUCCCUUCGACAGAAACUUCGGGACCAAAGUAGCAGCAAAGGCUGUCCAGUGGAUCACGAAGACCCUGAAGGACUCAUACAAAGCAGGACGAGUGUUUGCCAACUCUGAGGAGAGCGCCUGUCUUCUGGGGAUGAGACGCCGGGCGCUCGUCUUUCAGCCUGUGUCCAAGAUACGAGACGAGACAGACUUUGAACACAGGAUUCCUAAGGAGCAGUGGUGGCUGAAGCUCCGUCCCCUGAUGAAGAUCCUGGCCAAGUACAAAACGAGCUACGACGUGUCCGACUCAGGUCAGCUGGAACAUGUUAGCCGCUUCCGGGCCAAGGACGGGGAUGCCUCCUCGGCCAUCUGACCUGGCCCCACCUCUAUGUUCUCGUCUGAUUGGCUGCUGAGGAGGUCUUUUAACGUCACUAAAGUCAUAGCUGCUGUCACUUUAAGAAAGUAACUUAUUAUUCUCAUAAAUUCUAAUAUAUAUGAUCUCAAUAUGCACUCCUAAUGAUGUACUGUAUUUGAGUUUUAGCACUAAAAUGUAGCUUGUAUUUGGUUUGGAUAAUGUGUAAGAGUUGUUUUGUGUGAUCUUUGGGUGUACAACAGGACGUUGUGUCCAUUUUUUGUCUUUGUCAGUGGACGUUGUUAGUUUGGCAGUGCCUCCAAGUGUCUCCAGCAUCUAACUGUGUAAAGGUGUGUGCGCAGUAUUAAAGCUUUGAUUGUGCUCAUGAGAUUAUCUUUGUACUCAUAAUCAUAAGCAUCAUCAGCUUUAACUUGGGAUCCCCGUCUGAACCAAAUUAUAAUAGGCGGCGCCAUCGUGCAACGUUUUGUAGCCCUCCAAAAUCUUAUUCAUCGUUGACCGCUAGAUGGCAGCAGAGUACAAUUUCAGUUGGGUAGCUUCCAACCAUCAAUGAUGUGGAUUGUACUUGAGUGUGGAUUUCACCAUUUGUGGACUAAACCAACACAACGUGCCAAGUUAACUAGUAUAGCCUCAUUUAGGGACCUUUACUAGAGUAAACAUUUGCAUCUAUAUUUAAGUUACUGCAGCUUGUAUCACUUAUCACUUGACAAGCUAACUCAAAUUGUACUUGUGAGAAGUGAUAAUCUAAAGACAUUGUGAAAAAAUACCCAAAAGUUAUCAAGGAUUUACACAUCUCAUGAGCUUGAAUAUAAAAGUGCUGCCCUCGUAAGCACAACACAGUUGAGUUGUGCUGGCACUUAACAUAUUCCAAUAUGAGCAUGGAUAUCUCUCCGGGACGCACGGUGCCCUAGUGGUUAGCAUGCUGGCCGCACAGGCAGGGGAUCGGGAAGAUCUGGAUUGGAAUAGCUUUCUGACCAUGUUCGCCAAAACACUCCUAAAAAUCCAAUGAGCAGAACACAGUGGUAACCAUUCCAUACAAAUGUUUUAUUCUCAAAAUAAACUCUUCUAUCAAAGUGACAAUUAUACAUAUUUACAUCAUCUGUGUGUGCAGCAAUAAUAAUAUAAAUACC